GUUCGUUAAACGUACAAAAUAAAUGUAAGUAGAAGAAACAUGUUAUUAAACAUGGCGACUUGUCAACAACCAGAACGCAAAAUCUUUAAAAAAUUGCCCUUCGAAGUAGUGGAUCCCAAAGAAAAUGAAUUUCCUAAAUUGAACCUUUAUGGUAAGGAUUUUGUUUUCGUGGGUCCCAAGAGGUACUUUCAAACAGGUGCUUACAAGGAACUAGGUCUCGGCAUUUACAACUUCGAAGCCAGGCCCGAUGAUGUCUACCUACUUGGACAUGCAAGAUCAGGAACUACGCUUCAUGGUGAAAUGAUAUGGCUGAUAGGAAAUGACUUGAACUAUGAAGAGGCUGCAAAGAAUUUCAUAAUGUACAGAUUUCCACAUAUAGAUUUGUUCACAUUUCAUAGCAGGGAACGAAUUAAGGAAAUUUCAGAAAGUGAAGACGCUACAGAAGAGAUGGUAGAUAUUUCCGGCAAGUACCUAGAAAUGACUUUGGAGGGGCUAGCAGAAAGGAAGGGUAGGAGGUUCAUAAAAUCUCAUCUACCUCUUAGUUUGAUGCCUCCCCACAUGUUUGAGGUUGGAGCUAAGGUCAUCUACUGUGCAAGAAAUCCAAAAGAUAUGCUAGUUUCUUAUUUCCAUUCUUUCGACUUCUUCUUAAUGAAAAAUGCAACUGAUGGUUUUAAAGACUACUUUGAUGAUUUCAACAAUGAUUUAACAUGGAACUGUCCAUAUUUCGAACACGUCAAGGAAGCAUGGGAAAGAAGAAACGACAAAAAUUUUCUAUUUCUCUUCUACGAAGAUACCAUGAAGGACAAACGCCAGACAAUCCGGAAGAUAGCCGACUUCCUAGGCAAAGACUUAUCAGAAAACGAAAUAGACAAGUUGGAAGACUACCUUAGCUUUGAGAAAUUCAAAAACAACAAAACUGUCAAUCAUGUCCACAUGACGAAGAUAGGAAUGGCCGAGGAUGUUAGCAGGUUUAUUCGGAGAGGAAAGCCUGGUGGUUGGAGGGAGCUGAUUGAUGAAGAAAUGGAAAGAGAAUUCAAUCAAGUGAUGGAGGAGAAGCUAAAGGGAACAGAUCUUAGGUUUCCAGAAACAUAAAAUCAAUUUCAUUGUAAUAGAAUAAUAAUAACGAAACUAAAUGCCUUCUUGUACAAAUGUUAGUGAAAAUAGACUAGAAAUAAAUACUGCAUUUCUUUUGCACUCUUGAAUAUUAUAUUAACGAAUUAUUUAUAUCUUUGUGAGUAUUUUUUAAUCCUGCCUAUAUUUAUAAAAACAUUUCCAGUUUCAUAUGAAGGAAGAAGCAAGCAUUCUGUCACAAAUAAAACGUAUGAAGUCCA